UUUAAUUCACGCGUCGAUAGAUCUCACUGCGUUCACGAGUGUCUCUUUCUUUCAAAUUUUAGGCGAAGCGUUUAUGGAUCUUCCAAGAAUUGUUUAUCUAAAGCUGCAUUUUCAAACAAAAUAGAACCAUUUUAUCUAUUUUAUAUAUUUGUAAACUUAUUCUACUUUGUUAUAUAAACGAUAAAGUAUAAAGUUAUACUUGAAUCUUUUAACUAUCAUUCAAAUAAACAGCAAUAUGGUGAAUGAUAAAAACGAUGAUACAAAAGUUGAAAAAUCCAACGAGGAUGAGAAUCAGUCAAAAAUGACAGCUGCAGAAGAACGGUCGGAAUAUUUUAAAAAUCUAGAGAAAUGGUUACAUGAAGCUUAUGCUUGGCAGAGCGUAGCUGCAAUGUUUCCAUACUACUUAAUGUCUGGUCAAAUAAUAAACCCAACAUCUGGUGUACCACCAUUCCCAUCACAAAUACCAAAUGUGACAAAUCCGCAUAGGUUAAUCAUUGAUACAAACAGUCAGGAGAAUGAUCAACUCAGGCAAAGAAGAGCCCAAGAUACUGUAGGACCUCCAUUCCAACCUCCUGGAGCUGAAGGUUUUGAAUAUCGUAUACCUCCAAUAUGGAAAAGAUUUGCUGCAGAGCUUAUAGAUUCGACAAUGCUGUUUCUGUUAAAAUUAUGCAUUACUUUUAUUGCAAUUGAUGUUUUUGAUUUCAUAGAUAUAGAUGAACUAGAUUUGGUAAGAGCAAAUUUUCGUAUUGAUUACAAAAUGGCUUUAGAAAUGACAUAUGGAAUAUUAAUAUUAGACAUAAUUCAUCGUUUGAUCGUGUGUAUUUUCGAGGCAUUCUGGCUCCAGCAUGGCGUGAAUGGCCGUAUCGGUGGUACAACACCAGGAAAGUCUAUGAUGGGAUUACGAGUUGUUCAGUGCCGAAGUGUUACACCCGUUGAUCGACCUGAUGAUCCUGAUGUUGUAAUUGUUUCACCAGGAACAGAUUUAGGCUUGCCACUUGCGUUUGGCCGAUCGGUGGUAAAAAAUAUGAUCCUAGCAUUUUUAUUUCCACUGUGCUUUGCAUUAUAUUUCUUUAGAUUUAAUAGGACCGUUUAUGAUCUUAUUUGCAAUUCUAUCGUGGUAGAAGACCCCUACAGAAAUUUAAAUAAUAAUAGACUCCAUCAACAGUAAAUGUCUGUUACAUAAACUCAGAAAAAAAUGAACUGAGUCUAAGUUAUAUAUGUUGUAUGUUUGCGAGAGCGUCUAUUAUUAUAUGUACAUACAUAGAUGUUUAAAUUAAAUAUACCAAUGUUACAAAGUAUUUUUCUAAAUAAUAAUUUGUAUCUGUAACAAUGUACUAUGGAACAUUACUCAAAUAUUUAGAGGCUGCUUAAAAUCGAACACUUAGCUAUUAUGAAACUGACAAGGAUUGUACAAAUUCCAACUGUUGCAGUUAUUAAUAAAUCAUUUUAUAACUUA